UUAACAACAGCAUCAGCUUUCAUUAAUAGUUUGUGUGUAGCCGUGAACGUGCAUUGCCAACCACAUUACCACGUUUUUCUUUCACGAGUUUUCACUAGUUGCGAAAUAAACAAUACACAUGGAUUCUAGAACAGUGUUACUCUUUUGUCUCGCUAUGUUUUUGGCCAUACUUGCAACGGCUGCAGCAGGCCGCACCAAGAAGGUGGUGAUCCACGUGCCCUACAAAGUGAAGAAGAUCAAGCACACGCACACAGUAUACAAGACGAUUCAUCACCACCACAAGCACCACGACCUCUACGACCACGGGCUCGCUCUGCCAACUGAGGAGCACGAACACUUCCAUCAUGUGCUUCUGGAUGAACCAACGGGUCACGCUCAGCCACUGCCCUCCAUGGGCUUCCCGGAGUACUUGCCUGAUGUCCCGAUGGAUGAAACAGAACUGUCGGAAUACGAGGACUUGCCAAUACCCACGCGGCAUGUGUUUUAUAAGAGAGAAAAAUAAAUCAUCUAACAUCGGGCCUGUAAACUAAUAUAGACCGUGUAGACCGAGGAAUCCCACUUUUCAUCCGUGACAUAUCCCAUUAACUAAUUUUGAUCAUAACCAUAAAAUAAUCUCAUUGAGGCAUGUAAUGCAUAGAAUAUAUUCGUAAUUAUACCAAAAAAUAUUGUACAAAAUAUAAUUAAGAUAACUUAAAAUGAACGAGACUUAAAACCAUAUAUUAAUAACCAAAGA